GCGUAGUUCUAGCUUGUUGUCAGAGGCAGCCAUCUUCGUCGCCAUUGAAAAGUAAAAAUACUUGAUUUGUCUCAUUUUUUCGGGUUUCCUCCUGCAUCAGGGGUCAAUUGGAGCCAUGAUAAGUGAACCUGCAAGGGCCAGAAGGUGAGGGUCAGCCAACAUCAUGACUAACCCUGCAAACGGCGCUACUUUGGAGGAUUGUCACAGCAAUUUCUUCGCACUGACCGACUUGUGCGGGAUUAGAUGGCGUCGCCUCGUGUCGGAAGGGCCGCCUGGUCCGGGACAUACGCAUCACUCAUGCGGCCCUCUCGACGAUCCAGUCCUCUCUUCGUAUGCCCGGUGUUUAGCGGCAGAUAUUUUGUGCGUGUGGAGGAGGUCGCCAAAUUCCAAACUUACGCAACCUCCCACACCCUCGGAUCCGUUUCACAUCAACGCGGCCACCAAUAAUCAGGCGUCGCCACAUUUUAUGCAGCAGCAACAUCACCACCAACACCACCACCAGACGCAUAUGAUGCCGCCACAGCUCCCCAUGGGAAUGGGGGGUGGGCCGCAAAUGGCUGGACAUCACGGGGGACCACCCCCUUAUCCGGGCAGUGCUGGCGGAGGGCAACAUCCACCCCACGGAUUUUCUCCACAAUUAUCCCCAAUGCCACAUUCUGCCGCCAACUUCCCUCCCAUUAGUGCAAAUCUAACCAACAAUUCCUUAAAUGGACCUAAAGAGCUCUGGAUAUUUUGGUACGGGGAAGAGCCCGACUUGCAAUGUCUGGUCAAUGCUCAACUCCUCAAUAAAACAGAACCUGACCAAGGAUCGUGGGAGAGUGGGUUAACCUACGACUGCAGAACAUUACUGUUUAAAGCAUUACAUAAUUUAAUUGAAAAAUGUCUCUUAGCCAGAGAUUUCGUAAGGAUAGGAAAAUGGUUUAUCCAACCCAGUGAUGAGAGUCCGAGGACAGCGGUCAAAACCUUUCCGAUGCAACUGUCAUUUUCCUUUGCAUUCUUUCUCCACGGUGAGAGCACUGUCUGUAUGAGCGUGGACGUUCGACAACACCCUUCCAUCAAGCGGGUCAAUAAAGGUCACCUGCAAGCGUGUCAGUCUCCUAAUCAAGUAUUGCCAGUAAUCCUUGCUCCCCACGGUCUCGCCGGAAUGCUGACCGGUGUCGGCUACCGGUUGAAUGAGAACGGGUCGAAUAAGAUCCUCGACGAGUGGAAACAGUUUUACCCGGUUGAAGCAGCUCUAAAGUCCUCCCUCUACGACACAACGGUUCCUCAAACAUCACAUUCCUCUUCCUCGCCACACCCCUCCAACUUCCAGUUUCAAACCCCACCUCCCAACACGGGAAUCCCACCCGUGCUGGAAGUUCUCCUCGGCGGGGUGAGGAUGCGAUAUCCCGCGUGCUAUGUACUCGUAACGGAACCGGAAGAUCUCCCUCUUCGUCCGGAAAAUAAUAAUUUAAAAUCAUCCGCUCCCGGCGUGACGCCCAAGACUAAGGUGGGUGUCAAUGUCGACUCCGAAUCCGCCGCUUGUCCCGCCGUGUCACCAAAUAGACCACAAAGUUCUUCAACCACUCCGGCAGAAGUAUGCAAAUUCGAGGGAGCUCUGCCCGAACGUGUCUGGCAAGAAGCGAUUCUUUCUUCCUACAAGGGAGCCCUUGGUGCUGUCCCACCUCCAAGUAAGGAUGUCACGGCAACGGUCGAGUUACCAAACGGGGCGACAGGCACCAGCAGCACUUUGGGCCAAUGGGACUUUGUUGAUCCAAUGACAAAAUCUUCUUGCAUAUGUUCAAAAUGUAAACGUUCUUCUGGAUCAAAAAGCCAAGGUGGGUCAGGACAAAGUACAAAAAGUUCAAAAGUGAAGAGAAGCACGUUUCACCGAAGAGUUCAGAAAUGUCAAGUGAAACACUGGGUGAAUCACUGGGACGGCAAUUCCAACAGUCAACGUACCCUUAAUAAUCAACCAAAAGGUGGUGGCGACACGCAAGGAGGAGGUGGAAGUGGUGCCAAUAAUCAAAACACUGGCAAUCGUAGCGGAGCACCCGAACCUCGUGACACCGAAGGUGGUCCUCCUUCCUUCAAAGCGGGUCCGGGUAUUGGGAGCGAAGGACCUUUACCCUCUCCCCCGUCCGCCGCGCCCUCCCCGCUCCCCACACCUACGCCGAGGUCACAACCGGCCUCCGUCUCCCAACAGGAGCCCUCCAUGCCCACACUGAGUCCACAACCUUCAAGCGACAAGGCCCUGCUCGCCGUCUCACCUGACAAUUGUGCUUCCAACUCAAUUUCACACCAAGUUUUCUCACCUUUGGUUAGCGGAUAUGAUGGUGCUAAUAGUAAAAAUGGAUGUGCCGAACAAUCCACGGGUCCUCCGCCGUUGGGAGACUUGAACUUCAUCGUAACCAACAAGGACAGUGCCAACAAGCAGACGGGUAACAAUCAGUCGUCGUCGCGAGGUUUAUUGAUACGACCAUCCCUUCCAAGCAAAGACUAUGAGGCCUUGCUCGUCGAGGAAGACACUUGUCAACCAUCCGACACCAUUUACGACUACUCAUCUCUAGAAGCUUGGUUAUAUCACCCCGUGAAACGUAUCAAAAUUAAGGACGGACAAAGUAAGACGUCAAUGUACAAUUGGGGACUUGGGAUGAAGAAAUCGCACCCACUUUCUGGGACAGCAGGCGUCCAUGAACGCCACCAGUUGGGGAAACGGGCAGCUGAUCCGUACGAAUUUGACGACGAAACCCAUCUCGCACCCGUCAUUAGCAUGGACGGACUCAAAAGGAAGGAUGGCGAGGACGAGAAGAGCCCUUUCUGCGCGACGGAUACGACAAAUGGAAAUAAGAUCGUGACCGGAAAUCUCUUCACGACGGAAGGACUUCACCCAUCUCUGCGCGACUUGGACAAUUUAUUCGACAACUCGGAUACUUCAAGUGAUGAAACGUUUCAGGUUCCAACACCACCCGGAUCAAAUAAACCUGCAGGGAGUCACGACGACAUGGGGAGCAGUUGUCUGAUUGGGUGUGGUUCGAAUAAGGGUGGCGGUCGCAUGAUCACCGCCGUCAGGCCGGAAGAACUUUCCAAAAUGUUUCCCACUCCUCCCUCCCACGAACCGAAUCCUAUCUCCUCCCCAGUCGGCCCCACUUCGGAGAAUUCCUCCCUUGAAGGCCUCACCGACUCCACCCUCACAGCCGUCUGUCUACGACGGGGAGCGGAUUCCUACUCCGGGCUGGGAUCUCCUCUCGAUGAGCCAGCGGAGGUAAGAUUGUUGGAAACUAAUAACAGUUUUCAUCCUCUUCGCACCGUGGCCCAACACCAGCUACGAAUGCAAUUGCAGGAUUGGUCAUACGUCUUCAAACCGCCCAUGCUCUACAAAAUGCUGGUAUCUCCAAAGUAUGCGCCACAUGCUGUCCUCCCCUCCCAGUCUCACCACCUCCCACCACUCACCCUUCCACCAAAUCCCAUCUACAAAGCCUCCUGGCAAUUCCCACCCCCUCCCAUCCAACAAACCCAGCAGCAGCAACAUCCUCAGCAUACUCAGCAGCAGCAGCAGCAACAACACCAGGCGACUUCCUCUUCUGGACAUCCCCUUUCUUCUCACGCGCAACACUUAAUGUUAGCUGGACCUAAUAUUCCGAACCAACUCCACCUCAGGCCGGGACUCUCGCCCAUUUCACCUGUUCCAAACUCGAUUAGAGGCACUCCAUUUGACAUGGGAAGUCCUCCCUCCUCCAACAUGUACCUGAAGCAAGGUCCGAAUGUGCCUCCAAAUGCUGUAGCGCUUCAACAACAACAACAUCCUCAUAACGUUCCACAUCCUCCGCAUUCUGGUCAUCCGCCUCACAUGUAUGCCACUCGGGGCGUGGAGGCACACGCUCUCGUCGUCAAUCUCUCCCUCUCUGACUCGGUCAUCAACCUCUUUCGCGACCACAACUUUGACAGUUGUACGAUGUGCGUGUGCAACGCGAGCAACAAAGUCAUCGGGAAUAUCCGUGGGUCAGAAGUGGGACUAUAUAUUCAUGACUCUGCGCCGGACGAGGAAGCCGUUCGAUGCAACUGCGGCUUCAGCGCCACAGUGAAUCGGAGAUCGGCCCACCAUUCUGGCUUAUUUUAUGAGGACGAGUACGAAAUUACGACAGCUUCCGUCGCACCUAUCGCCCUCCCGAGUGACGACUGGUACGAAAGGAAGAAAACAUCCUUUCUCAUGUUGUCGUCGAAAUCUAGUUCCAACUUAUCAACUCCGACAAACACAAACACGGGGCCGACUGGGUCGUCAGCAUCGUCUUCGUCAAUGGGGACGGAGAAGGAUGGUCCACCCGCCGUCAGCUUAGUGGACGACAUCCCACCCUACCUGCUAGAAAUGUUGAGGGAGCAGUGCAUGGUGAUGUUUGGGAACUGUGUGGCAUCUCGGUUCACUGGAGAAUUACCCACCGCCAGAUGGAACGAGUUGUCAUACAACGUGCUAGAAUGUGUGGACGCGAAUCGGGCCGCCUUCACGGCGCUGGAUCACGGACGCUCAGUCAUGGAGGCGAGUGGAGGCAGGAUGGGUUACCACAGACUGCCCGAGGAGAUCUUAAUCCUCCGUCAGAACCUGGGCUUGAUGCACAAGUGGGCGUUUAGGUGUGCGAGGGGACCCAAGUCGAGUCAGGAUGUAAUGCAAGUGAUGAGAGGACUCCAUUCCCUUCUUCAAGAAGCCGUACAUGCGAAAGCGUGGGAUGCUCAGUACACAGUGUCCGGACCGCUAACGUGGCGAAUGUUCCAUCGUCUCGCCGGACGAGGGACGGAAGAUCGCUGCGAGCCGCAACCAAUUCCAGCAAUUUUAGUAGGAUCGGAAAAAGACUGGAUAGCAUUGAGUCCAUUGGCUAUCAAGUUUUGGGAAAAACUUCUCCUCGAACCCUACUCGUAUCCCAGGGAUGUCGCCUACCUCGUCAUGGCGCCAGAUAAUGACUUCAUCUGUCAGAAAGUCCGCCUCUUUUUUAGAGAAUUCUCAUCCAUGUACGAGGUUUGUCAGCUCGGACGCCACUGUGCUAUCUCAAAGGUGCUCCGAGACGGAAUACUUCGCGUCGGAAAAUACGCCGCCACCAAACUUGCCUCUGAACCUGUAGAUGAAUGGUUCCGUUCCUUGCCUGACCAUCCGACCGCCGCUGUGCUCAAACUUUAUGCACAGGUCUGUCGACACUACCUGGUCCCUCAACUCUUAUCAAUCUCACUGGAUCAGAGCCUAUUCGCUUCUCACAAUCAGAAAUCAUCGCAUGAAAAAUCCUCCUCGUCUCCAAAAGUACCUCAGCCCACGCCUACGAUCGACGUGACGGGAAGUACACAGGGACCGCCAACACCAAAACAGGAACCAGGAACGACCACCACUUCGGAAACUGACACCAAAGAAGUUCCUUCUAUGCAUGAGCCGAGCGAGGAUGAUGAACGUGAUCCACCUGCCAUCGUGAUUUACAUAAUUGACCCCUUCGGGUUCGGCAGUGAUGACGAGGACAUUCACCGACUGGCGAAACUAGGACUUUUGAGGUGCUAUCAUUCAAUGUUGAGUUUUAUUCCGGAAAAUAUCAAGAACAAUAUCACCCUUCAGAUCAUUUCCCUCGAGGACAUUAUAAAUCUUGGGAACAGUACUUUAGAAACGAGACUGAAGAACGAUCAAAUGCGUGCUCUCGCCUUGUCCGUGUACUCGCAAUGCAGACGCCUCCUCACCCACCAAAGCAAUGUCAAAUCACUCACCGGCUUCGGCCCUGCUGCUGCGGCCGACUUGUUCAUCAAAAGCAAAGACGACAAGUCACGAGCCGGUUACAAACUUUACACGCCACCCUACGUGCUCGCUCCGAAUAAGGAAAGACUCACUGAAGGGAUCGACUGGCUGAGCGUCCUCCAAGGUCAAACGAUGGGGGGUUUAGUCAGCUCUGGAAAUAAUCCUUUGACCGGCGGCCCCUCUACGACGCCUAACCUCUCCUCCGUCCUCUACGUGGCCUACUGUCUCUCGGAAGACCAGCGUUGGCUGAUCGCUUCCGUGACGGACGACCGGGGCGAGUUACUCGAAACGACAACGAUCUCUAUGUACGUUCCGAAUCGGUCAAAGAGGAGGAAGGCGAACGCGAGGAAGCACGGCCUUCACAAAUUGAUGGACUUUAUCCUGGGCAUCAUGUCGACGGGAGCGAGUCCUUGGCGUCUCGUGGUCGGUCGACUGGGACGCGUUGGUCACGGGGAGUUGGAAUGUUGGAGCACUCUCUUGUCGCGGAAAAGUUUGUUGCGUGCUUCGAAUCAGUUGAAAGCCUUGUGCUCACAAUGUUCUCUCCAAUUUCCCACCGAGGCUCCGUGUGUUCUGUCUGCCUGUCUCGUUUCCCUAGAACCGGACAGUUGUUUAAGGUUGAUGCCGGACAAGUUCACGCCGGAUGAAAGGUUUUCAAACUCGGGGACAUCGGCAUCCCUCUCCACGCCGCAGGAUAUCUCUUGCACACACAUUUUGGUGUUUCCGACGUCGGCGACGACACAGUCUUCCCAAACCGCAUUCCAAGAACAGCAUAUGAACGACGGCCCAGAACUUGGGGACGAUUCAGAUCUGUUGUUCAUGGUGAAUGAAGGAAUUGAUGAUGGAAUUGAUGGGAUGAACGACUUACAACUUGGGGACAUUUUCAACUGGCCUGACACCGGUGCGGGUGUCCCAAGUCCGGGGAUUGGGACGAGUCCUAGGCGAGAUUCGACCUCACAACCUGGUAGUCCCGGAAUUGGAACGUCUGGACGACAGUCACCCUUCCAGUCGGGUGGUCAGGGUCGAAUGGGAGGUCGAUCUGACGGGAGUGAUGAAGUGGGUACCUUACUCCAACAACCCCUCGCUCUUGGCUACAUGGUCUCCACUGCGCCAUCAGGACCUCUUCCAUCCUGGUUUUGGGCAUCCUGUCCCCAACGAGCGAACGAAAAGGGGUGCGGCAUCUUUCUCAAGUCUGCUCUUCAUCUCCACUCGCACAGCGUAUUUCACAACGUGGACGAUCCUCUACAGCAACAGUCGAACGCGAAGCAGCACCCACUCGAUUCUCAGUAUACGACAGAUGUGUUACGAUUUGUCCUCGAGGGUUACAACGCUCUUUCUUGGCUCGCCCUCGAUACAAGAACGCAUGACCGGAGAUCCUGUCUCCCCGUCCACAUCCAACAACUCCUCCAGCUCUAUUACACGAUGGCUUCUCUCGUCUAAACGAAUGCAUUUGAUGGAACAUCUCGGUACUUCAUCAUCGUCUUACAUCAUGACCGUCCUCACGCUUCAGGAAACUAUAACAUCAUGCCAUCAUUAUCAUUAUCAACAUUAUCAUGCUGCUUCAGAACUACAUAUUUCGUCCUCGUUCUCAUCAUUGAAUGAUCAGUCUUGUCUUGUAUGGUUGUGAGCUACCUCGCGUCCUGGUUUUUCCAUCCCCCCACAACUUUGAAGCUUUACGUAACAACGGAUAAAACAGGAUGGGAGGAACAAGACGGAAGAAGAAAAUAUUCAACCUGCUGCUUCUCGUUAGUCAAGGAUGCAGACAUACACAAACUCACAAAGUGUACACGGAUACCUACCUAAACGGACUAGGAAUAAUUAAUUGUUAAUUAUUAGGUCCUCUGUUAUGUGCCCACGGUUGUUAAUUAAUGGGUGAGAGAGCAUAAAAAUGUAGCUAGCAUUCAGUGAAUUUCUUACCACACGGAUUUUGGGAAUUUGUUUCCGUGAUUAAGAUGAAGCAGAACGCAUGUUGUUAUCCUAUCGUCGUGGUGGUGGCGAGAGACAUAGUUAUUUAUUCUACUUAGGAAUAAGAGGAGUGAGGAAUGAAUCAAUUUGCAACCAAGAAGAACAGGAGAAGGUUUGAAUGUAGGAGUUUUUUUAAAGUUGACACAAAUGGAAGAAUCAUGUAUUUUAACCUUUACAGUAAAGUCUAACUAAUAACGGAAACAAGAAGUACAUAGAUUGCUGUAUGUCGUUGUAUCGUGUAUGUGCUGUCUAGAAGAGAGAGAGACUAAAAAUAAGUAUAAAAGAUAAGCGAGUUUCUCAUCACUACUACUACUAAGCUAAAUACAUACUUAUUAUACGAUGAUCAUGUCGCGAGAGAGAGAGAAAGGUUGGAAUUUUGCAAGACAGAAACUAAAUAAUACUAUAAUCUUGGAUCAGAAAUUGUAAUACUGUUUUCUAACAGACAACCACAAAAUUAAGUAAUUUGUUUUAUUUUCACCAUCACAAAAUGGUGAGUAAGGGUUUCGACCCCCUAUUUUAUUUUGUAACCCAAAACCAACCGUUUAAUACCUACAUAAGUGAACAAAGAAUAAAGUAAUAAUAUGUAAGUUAAUAAAAGGAACGGAAGUUGUACAACAAACUAUUUUAUAUUUAAAAAUAAGAUAAUAAUUAAGACAAUUAACUAGGCAUGAUUUGUUGGUCGUUAAAUUGGUGGCUGACUAGGUGGCGGUUAUACUACUUUUAUUGUUAAAAAACGUGUUUUACGUACGUACGUGGUUGCUAAUUUUGAGAUCUUAUUAUCAUUAUUACUCUGAUGUCCGAUUGUAAUGUGCGAUACGCUUUGUAGCGAGCGGUCCACAUCAAAGAUUUAUUUUAUACGUGUAUUCAGUUAAUUAAGUAAUUAAUUAAUUACUGUGUUAGUGAAUGUUUCCAAUCCGGUCCGGUCCAGGAUUGGAAAAUAUAUAUAUAUAUAUACAUAAUAUCUCCACUUCUUUAUUCUUUUAUGUGAAAUGCCACCUCAUCAUCAUCACUAAAUACAAUUUCAUUCAUUCAUGAUCAUCACUAAUUGUCGUUGAAUUUGUUUAUUUUAAAAUAUUUUGAUCACUACAUGAGAAGUAAUGUUAUUUUAUGUUGUUGUUAUACGAUUAUAUAUAUAUCAUGAUCUAUAAUUAUGUACUAAUUAAUUAAGCAGGUAGUUUAGUAGAUUAAAGUAAUUAAACCCACGAGUCUGCGAAUUAAUAUAAAAACCAAGAGUCGAGCAGGACUUCUUUUAUAUUCCUCUCUUCUUUCUUGACUUGUACAAGAAACAAAUUUACAUGUGGAAAUGAUAUGGUAAUGAUGACAUGACGAUGAUGAUGAUCUUGACAAUGAAACAAACAAACUACUCGCUGUUAAAUAUCGUCAUCGUCAUUGUCAUCAUUUUCGAAAUCGAAUGAAUGAAUAAACUCCUGAUAACGGUUUAUCAUUAACAAAUAAA